ACCUCGGAUGCCUGACCGCGCGCAACCGCUUCGUCGUGACCGGCGCGACGGACGCGAACGGACUUCCGUCCAUUCUCGAUAAGAUGCUGGUCGAGUUGAACCGGCUGCAGCUGACGCGGGUGCGGCUGGACGCCGCGGGAGGCUGCGUGGCCGAGUGCGCGCUCAUCGCUCCCGUGAACGUGUCGAUCGAGCUGCGACGCAACCUGUGCGCCGCGUGGUACCGCGACAUCCCCGAGAUCGACGUCGGCGGGCAGGCGACGGCGCUCGACGCGACGCUCAGCCAGGAGGACUUCACGUUCGUGAUGGCCGUGCUCAACGAGAACCUGCAGGAGGGGCCGACGCGCGCGCCGGCUCCCGAACCCCUGCCGGAGCUCACGCAGCGCGAGCUCGUCGAGAAGAGCGUCGUAGCGAAGAGCGAGAAGGUGGUGGCGGCGGCGGCGGAGGCGAAAACCGUCGCCGUGGAAGCGAAAACCGUCGCCGUGGAGGCGAAAACCGUCGCCGCUGAGCCCACUGCGACCGUGGUGGUCGCGUCGGACGCUGACUCGCCGCACGAGCGCGUCUGCUUCAAGUUCCAGUUCGACCGGCUCUCGUUCUCGCUGUACACGGGAUCGUCAGGUCUGACGGCGGGCGCGGCGGCGCGCGAUCCGGCGAAGGCCCUCGCGCGCUUCGAGCUGCAGGUGAUGACCGCCGAGGGCACGCUGAUGAGCGACAACGCCGUCUCCGCGCGCGUCGGCUUGUACAACUGCGUGAUGGACGACAUGAGGAGCGGCCGCGAGACCGGGAUCACGCGGCUGAUGGAGGCGCGGGCGGCGGCGGCUCACGACGGCCCCGGACAUCACAACCUGCGCAUGAUCGACGUCAGCUUCGCGCAGACGCCGGCGAGCGACAAGCGCGUCGACGUCUCCGUGCGCAGCUUCUACGUCUGCGUCGUCAUGGACUACCUGCUCACCGUCGCGGACUUCUUCACGAAGGGGCUUCCCGCCGCGCCGGCUCCUGCUCCCGUCGCUCCGGGGAAGCCCGCAGCCGCCGGGAAGAAGGAGGAAACCGCGGCGAAACCGGCGAAGGAGGUUCCGACGUCGAGUUUCGAGUUGAAGUUCACGAUGGAGAAGCCGGAGAUCGCGCUCGUGGAGGACGCGCGGGACCGCGGGACGCGCGCGCUCGUCGUCGACACCGACGUCGCGCUGAGCGUGCGCGUGUCGCCCGACGGCCAGCAGGUGUCCGGCAGCAUCGAGCGUCUCCGCGUGGUCGCGUGCCCGCACGACCCGGUCGCGCGCGCCGCCUCCGUUCCCGCCACCAUCGUGCAGCCGUGCGACAUCACGCUGUUCGCGUCGGCGCCGACCGCCGGCGGACAGAAGGUCGAUGUUGCCGUCGGCGACCUCGUCGUCGCCGUCUCCCCGGCAACGAUCCGCACGGUGUCGGGCAUCGUCGCGGCGAUGGGGCAGGCCGAGCCGGCGGACGCCGCGCACGAGGCGCCGAUCGAACUCGGCGCGCUCUGGCAGGCGCGCGCGCUCGCCGACUGCGACUUCUGGUAUCUGCGCGGCGCGGAGGAGGGCGCGGAGGAGCAGCUGCUGCUGCGCGUCGCCAGCAUCGUCGUGCGCGUCGAGGCGGGCGGCGUCGGCGCGCGCACGCUGCCGAUGCUGACGCUCGAGAGCUCGCUGACGGCGGAGGCGCACGAGUGGAGCGGCGCGCUGCAGCUCGCCGCCGUCCUCACCGCCGAGAUGGCCUUCUACAACGAGCGACUCGCCGUCUGGGAACCUCUCCUCGAACCCGUCGAAGACACGGCGGCGGGCAGCGGCACCGGCACGCGCAUCCUGCGGCCGUGGGAGAUCAAUCUGCACGUCGAUAAAAACCCGGCGGGGGCGGGGCCGACGACGCCGGACGACCCCGACAUGGAGGUGGUCGUGUCGCGGCCGGUCGGUCUCGCCGUCAACGUCGUCUCGAUGGACGUGAUGCAGCUGUGCGUGACGAAGACGUGCCUGGACGUUCUCGCCUCGCUCGGCCGCGCGUUCGGAGACGCCGUCAGCCUGAAGGAGGAGCAGCGCCGCGGCGAGGAGGUCAUCGACGCGCCCUGCGUCGUCCGCAACGCGACCGGAGUCGACUUCGUCGUCGCGCCCGACGACUCGUUCGAUCCGCCGCAAGGGGGCGCCGCCGGAGGCGUCACGGUGCGGCACGGCGGGGUGCUGCCGCUGGAGUUCCGCGCGCCGGCGGCGGGAAGUCCGAAGAAGCACCAGUCGCAGCUGCGCGCGUCCGUGCGUCCGCCGCAACACGAGCUCACGCUGCGAGCGGGCCCCGGGGGCGACGAGCGGCGGCUGUCGGUCGCGCGCGCCGGCAAGCGGCUGUUCGCACUGCCAGGCGGCGCCGCCGGUGAGGCGUUCGUCGCGCAGGUCGACGCCGCCGACGGCCAGAAGCAGGUGACGCUGCGCGCGCCCGUGCGCGUCCGCAACCACCUCGCCGUCGCCAUGGAGACGCACUACAAGGUCGACGGCCGGCUGGUCAAGGUCGGCACGAUCGCGCCGGACGAGACGUUCGACCCGCCGCUCGCUGCCGUCUACUCCGCCGACGCCAACUUCUACUUUGCGCCGCUCGGCGGCGACGGAUUCUCGCCGUCAAACGCGUUCAACUGGCGGCAGGAGCGCGGCGACGACGCGGCGGCGACCCUCGAGUGUCCGUCGACGAAGAGCGGUCACGUGGCGUUCUACGUCGCCGCGAGCCGCGAAGCCGAGACCGACGUCGUCGCCGACGGCAACGCAGCGACGACGACGACGGCGUACACGCUACACCUGCGGCCGACGGUGCUUCUCACCAACCUGCUGCCGUACGCGGUCGCGUACAUGCUGCCGGGCACCGACGGCGGGCCGCGGCGGCUCGAGGCGGGCGUGACGGCGUCGCUGCACCACGCGCGCGUUGCCGACGACACGGCGAUGGAGCUGACGCUCGCCGACGGCAUGACGCAGGGCUUCAGCGGGCGCGUGGAGCUGCGCCGCGGCGCGGACGAACUCGCGCUGCUCACCUUCCGCUCGGACGACGGCCGCGAGACGGCCCACCUCGGCGUGCACACGCGCUGGGUCGGCGGCACGAUGCACCUGGCGGUCUACAGCCCCUUCUGGAUGGUGAACAAGACCGGUCGCACGCUGCGCUACCAGGGCACAGAGGGCGUCGUCGCGACGCACACCGCCGACCGCCAGGAGGCGCUGCUCUUCUCGUUCGGCGCGAAGGACUUCUUCGCGAAGAAGAAGGCGACGCUGCGGGUCGACGACUCGGAGUGGUCGGACAAGUUCUCGCUCGACACCGUCGGCAGCUCGGGCAAGGUCGCGUGCAAGGGCGGGAGCAACGGCGGCAGCGGCGCGUGCGACAUCGCCGUUUCGAUCUCGAUGACGUCCUUCGGCCUGAGCAAGGUCGUCGUCUUCACGCCGUACUUCAUGCUCAUGAACAAGGCGCCGUACGACGUCGACUGCAAGGAGUUCAUAACGGGAGCCGAGUGGACGACGGUUCCCGCCGGCGCCUGCCUGCCCUUCUACCCGCGCCAGACCGACAAGAUCAAGCAGAUGGUGGCGCGUGUGACGGGCGUCGCCGGCGAGACGAAGCCCUUCCUCUGCAACAAGCUGCACGAGACAUUGAUGCGGCUCGACAACGCGUACGGCGGCGUCGACGUCGACUGCCAGGUGAACGAGUCGUCGACGAUCAUCGCUUUCGACCGGUACCACGACGGCGCGGCGCCGACGCGCGUCGUCAACCACUGCGACGGCGUCACGGUGGAGUACGCUCAGCGCGGCGUCGAGGGCGUGCCGUGCCGGCUCGCGCCGCGCACGACCGCGCUCUUCGUGUGGCAGGACGCGCUCGAGUUGAAGCGAGAGCUGCAAUGGUCGUGCGGCGAGCGCAAGAACCAAGUGAACGCGCUGCAGCGCGACGCUGUUGAGGAGUUGUUCGCGAACACCGACACGAAGGUCUACUUUGCGUCGUUCCUCGACGGCAUGCAGCGCGUCGUCAUGUUCACACAGGACCUGGUGUUGGCAACGAUGGCACAGCAGGCGGGUGAGCUGGAGGCGGCAGACAUGGAUGCCACCGUCGCUCUGAACGGCUUCGGCUUGUCGCUCAUCGACGACACGACGCGUACCGACGUCUGCUACGUGUCACUGACGAGCAGUGGCGUCAUCUGGGAGACGAAACGCAAACGAUUCAAGGGCAUGAAGCUGAAGGAGAGCGAGAUCGUCGAGCGGCACUACCAAAAGUACCUCGCCGACGUCGCAGCGGGCCGCAAGGCGAAGCCGCGCGUCCACACCGAAAACAAGAUGGAGAUCGACUUCGCCGAGAUGGCGCUCUACAAGCCGCGCAAGUGCCGCGUGCGCCGCACCUACCAGCACGGCGUGUGGCUGAACGCGCGCGCGUCCGCGCACUCGACGCAGCUGCACGCGAAGCUUCAGCACGUUCAGGUCGACAACCAGCUUCCCGCGAGCGCGUUCGCCGUCGUGCUCGCGCCCGUGCCGCCGCCGCGGUCCGUCGCCGCCGAGAGCGUGCCGAAGCCGUUCGUCGAGCUGAGCGUGAUGAAGCGCAACGUGGAGCACAGCGACGUGCAGCAGAUCAAGUACUUCAAGGUCAGUGCUGAAGGUCGAGGAGGUGGGGCUGGGGGCAGGGAGGAGCAACGUGCAGCAGAUCAAGUACUUCAAGGUCGAGUGCUGAAGGUCGAGGGCUGGCGGCUGGGGGCAGGGGUUUGGGAUGUGGGGGCAGAGCACAGCACAGGUGCAGGCAAGAUCAAGAUACUUUCAAAGGUCAGUUCGCGAACGUCGUGCUGGAUGGGAGUGGGCGAGGAAGGUCAGUGCGGAUGGAGGGAGGGGGAGGGCACAGCCGAUGUGCAGAAGAUGACAGAACCUGUCAAGUAUGGACGGCCCGAAGCUAGCGGCCGCAUGGAGGCGGAUUCGGGCGCGCUGACCCACGUCGACCUUGUUGAGACCUCGCGACGACCGUGCUCGCUGCCUGGACCGCGUAACUACCACGACCUCCUCCACUUUCCGCCGCUCAAGGUGCACAUCAGCUUCUCUCAGGGCGGCACCGCGGCCGCUGCCAACGGCCGCCCGGCGGCGCCACUGCACGCCAACGUCGUCGGCCUCCUCCUCAAGAGCGUCGGCGUGACGGUCACCGAGAUCCAGGACGUCGUCUUCAAGCUGGCGUACUUCGAACGCGAGAGCGCGUUCUACACGCAGGUGCAGCUGCAGGCGGAGGCGACGAUGCACUACGUCGGGCAGGCGGUCAAGCAGCUGUACGUGCUCGUGCUCGGCCUGGACGUGCUCGGCAACCCGUUCGGCCUCAUCACGGGCGUCAAGGACGGCGUCACCGACCUCUUCUACGAGCCGAUGCAGGGCGUCGUGCAGGGCCCCGAGGAGUUCGCCGAGGGACUCGCGCUCGGCGUGCGCAGCCUCUUCGGCGGCGUCGUCGGCGGCGCGGCCGGCGCGGUCGGCCGCAUCACGGGCACGCUCGGCAAGGGCCUCGCCGCGCUCACGCUCGACGACGACUACCAGCGCAAGCGGCAGGAGCAGCUGAACAAGCGGCCGGCCAACCUGAAGUCCGGGCUCGCGCAGGGCGGCAAGGGGCUCGUCAUGGGCGUGUGGGACGGCGUGAGCGGCGUCGUGCUGAAGCCGGUGGAGGGCGCCAAGCAGGAGGGCGCCGCCGGCUUCUUCAAGGGCGCCGGGAAGGGUCUGAUCGGGCUGGUCGCGCGGCCGACGAGCGGCGUCGUCGACUUUGCGAGCACGUCGCUGGAGAGCAUCCGCAAGGCGACCGACAUGUCGGAGGAGGUUAGGCGACAGCGGCCGCCGCGGAUGAUCCACGCAGACGGCGUUAUCCGGCCCUACCAGCUGCGUGAGGCCGAGGGCAACCAGAUACUGCAGGACGUCAGCAAGGGCAAGUUUGCAAAGACGGACACAUACGUGUCGCACCUGGUGCUCGACCUCAAGGAACUCAAGUACAUCCUGCUCGUCACCGACAAGCGAGUUGUCAUGGUGAACAAAGGCGAGCUGUUCGGGCAGUGGGUGAGCGACUGGACGUACACGUGGGAGGAACUGAAGGAGGCGCCCACCUGCCACGACCACACGAUCAAGGUCAUCUUGAAGGAGCCGAAGAAGAAGAAGCUCGGGCUGUUUGGCAGCGGCAUGGCCGGCAAGUCGGUCAGCGCGCCCGACCACGCGUCCGCCGAGUGGAUCACGCGCCACCUCGCCGAGUCGUACGCAGCGUGGAAGGCCCAGCAGUCGCAGUAGCUCGGCUUCGUAUGAGCGCACGCGAGUAGCUGCCCGGUCGUAGCCGUGGCAGGGUCAGUAUCUGCCUGGUCGUAGGCCACAGCAGGGCAGUAGCUGCGUGAGCGAGGUGGUUUCCCUGUCGUAGCCGCGGCAGUCGCAUUUACCCCGUACAGACUGCAAAAUUUGAUCCCACAUCGAACUAGUCCGGGCUAGGCCUGUGCCAGGCGUGCGAUAUAUUCGCAGCCUACAGACACAAAAUGUUGAACCGUGCUAAUUUUGCAUGGGUUGACUGCGCAUGCUCAGUUUGUUUUGUCACUCAGCAGACAGCUACUGUACUUUUAUGUGACCGAAAUAAAGCUGUGCGCAUGCGUAUUGCGAAAUUUAGUGCGGGCCUGGCACUGGAUUGCGUACCACUCACAGUUUAGCAUGGGCCAACUAAGUAUGGACUAACUACUAAGCGGGCCUGGCCCACCUCCAUUUGCGGGGUUAAUUUAGUCUUGCCCAGUGCUGCAUAUUUAGCAUGGGAUAGCGUGUACACACUGCAAAAAUUUAGCUCGUGUCAGGCCCAGACUAGUUUGAUGUGGUAUCAAAUUUGGCAUCUGUACGGGGCAAGUCGCUGCGUGGCGCGUCGACGCUGCGCGAGAGAGGUGGUUUCCCUGUCGUAGGCGGACGCACGCACACUCAAUUUGCUUCCUCGGGUGCUACGCGAGCGGUAAUUGCAUGGGUUGCUGGUUAGGUUGCGGUAAUGUGGAGAUAUGGUGCGUAAUCAUUUCAUGCUGCAGUGAGAUGAGCCGUUAGAGGCCUCUCUUUAUGUAAAAUGCAUUAGAAGUCUGUUGAAGAACUAACGUCAAUGCUAAAGCCCGGCGCACACGCGAGUAAUUUUACUCAAGUAAAAUGACGCAUGCGUCAAAAUACUCAACGAAAAACCA